AUGACAUCAACUAAAUUCGAUCCAAAUUACAUAGAACUUGAUAACAAUCCACCGAUUUAUGAUGAACAAAUUCAAGAAAAUGGAUUAAAUUUGAAAAACAAUAUUAGUUUAGAAAAUCAAACUUUGAAAACAACUGAUACAAGUGGAAGUCCAACGACAACCACAAGUAAUUUUUCAAAAGCACUUUAUGCAACUUUUGUUGGUAUAUUCUUAUUUUGUUUAUCAAUGCCAUUAAUAUUCCAAAAAGGAAAUUUAAAAUAUUUUGGUAUUUUUUCAUUACCAUUUAGUAUUUAUUUUUUAAUAAUUAUAAAUGGAUUUAUUGCAUUUGGUGUUGAAAAUAAUUUAGGUACUUCAAAUUUUUAUAAAUUAUUAAGAAAAUCAUUUUCAAUUACUUUUGGUAUUCUGCUUGUUAUUACUUUUUCAUUAUUUUUUGCAUUUCCAAAUGCAAUUUAA